AGCAAAAGUGAAUAUAACCAGAAGAUCCAGACUACUGAGUUCAUAUCUGAGUGGAAUAAUUAUCUGUGUUAUCUUUAUUUCCACAGACAAGAAUCAGCAUGCCUGAGAAACUAGCCAACACGACCAUCAUAAUGGAAUUCUUGCUCGUGGGAUUCCCUGAUGACUGGAUGCUACAGAGAAUGUAUGCCGCCCUCUUCUUCCUCAUUUACCUCACAGCACUGAUGGGGAACCUCCUCAUUGUCACCCUCACCACCACUGAUGGGCGUCUCCAUUCUCCCAUGUAUUUCUUCCUGAAGAAUUUGUCCUUGAUUGAUAUCUGCUACAUCUCUGUCACUGUCCCCAAGUCCAUCAUGAACUCUCUGACUAAGAGUCAUUCUAUCUCCUUCCUAGGAUGUGCCUCACAAAUUUUUUUUUUCAUUUUUUUUGCUGGCACAGAGUAUGCCCUCCUUAUAGUCAUGUCCUAUGACCGCUAUACCGCCAUCUGCCAUCCUUUGCACUAUGAGACCACUAUGAAUAGAGGCGCCUGUGUGCAGAUGGUGACUGCAUCGUGGCUCUGCGGAUGUGUCUAUGGAUCUAUCCACGCAGCAGGUACAUUCUCUGUCAAUUUCUGUGGACCUAAAAUAGUGCACCAGUUCUUCUGUGACAUUCCAUCACUGCUUACACUUGCUUGUCCUGGGGAACAAAUUCUAGAAUAUGCGUUUAUAAUUGCCAGCUUUUCCUUUGCCUUUUUAUGCUUCCUUUUCAUGAUUGCCUCAUAUGUUCACAUUUUCUCAGCUGUCUUAAGGAUUCCAUCUGCUCAAGGCAAGUUCAGAACUGUCUCCACCUGCAUGCCCCACCUCACUGUGGUGGUCUUGUUCCUCUUUUCUGGCCUUGUUACAUAUUUAGGUACAAACUAUAAAUCUACAUCAUCACCGAAUCUGCUCAUGUCUGUAUUAUACUCUAUGUUACCUCCCAGCUUGAAUCCUGUUAUAUAUAGCCUGAGGAAUGAGGAUAUGAAAUUAGCCCUAGGCAAAUUACUGGGUGGUAAAAUGUUGCCGAAGACGUAA